AUGCAGAAAUAAUUAAGUGCUUAUGAUUAGUACAAUAUUUAUAUAAAAAUAUAGAUUAGAAUAAUUGUACUAAAGAAAUGAUAUUGUAAUUUCUGAUUAUCAAUCUGCUUUAUCUAAUUAGAUUCUUUUAUUCAGCACCUCUAAGAUGGAUUAAGAUAAGACUUUUAUUUAAAUUUAGACUGAUCAAAUUUCAACUCAAAUAGGUAUUCAAUAUUGAAUAUUCAGCUACUGUUAAUGUACCAAAUGCAAAAUAAAUUCAUCUCAAAGAUUUGUAAAGUUAAGAAUUCACUUAGAUAUUUUCAUAAAAUUAAGAAAUUAUUUUAUACUAGUUUAUGCAUUCUUCUCAAACUAUAUCAAUUAGUUAUCUUGAAUUUCUUGAAUCAUUUGCUAUCACCUAUAAUGGAUUUACAAUAAUAGUAGAAAAUGAACAAGACAUUCAUAAAUAAUAGUAUCCUAAAUAUAGAGAAAGAUUUAUUUCAAAUGUUUCAACCUUCUUUGGAAUUUUGUAAAAAUUAAGUAUGGCCUCUUUUUGUAAUUUUAAAAAAGAUUUAUCUAAUAGAAGCUUAAUUGGUAUUUGUUGCUAUAAAUCUAUAUAAUGGCUAGGAAUAGUUGAACAUUAUGGUUCAGAAAAAUUGUUACCUCCUAAUGUAGUCAAAAAUUUUUUGUAAAAAUAUAACUUAGAAUUUGUUUUUGUCAAAUGCUAUAAAAAUUUGAGUCAUAAUUCUUUAUAAUAAAUUUAUCAAGAAAUAAGAAAUUAAUUAUUGUUUGAUUUUAAUGAAAUGAAUAGAGGAUCAACGAUAUAUCUAUGGAGUUAAGAAUAAUUUUUAGGAUGUUAUUUCAUUGGGCAUAAGCAUUAUGAAAUAUUAGAAACUGUCAAAAGAAUGUUAAUAGAUAAAAGAAACAUAUAAGGACCAUUUACUUUUCUUGGUGAAUAUGAUCUGAGCAGAGAUGAAACUUAAUUUUAUAAGAAGUACAUCUAAAGAAUAUUACAGGAAAAUUAAUAGGAUUAAACUUUUUCUAAUCUUACUUCUAUUAUUUUUAAUAAUAUUUUACAUGAUUAAUUUAAAUUUAACUUUAAAUUUGAAAAUAGAUAUCCAUUAUCAUUUUGCAUGAAGCCUACCUUGAUAGUUAUAAUUCCAAUAGGUUUUAAUCUCACAGGAUUAGGAUUCGAUAGAUUAUUUUAAUCAUUGUAAUAAACAUUUUUCUUUGUCAAAAAAAUAAAAUCUCCUGACCAAAUUACUAAUCAUUAUUAAAUUUACUGUUUUGAUAAGUGUUUUUGUUUGGAUUAAUCAUUAAAAUUAAUUGAUUAUCUAAAAAAAAAGAAAAACAUAAAGACGAUCGGCCUCUUGUAAGAAAAUAAUUAAUAAAAUUAUAAACUAAAGAAUGGAAUAUUUUUUCCUUUUUCAUUUGAUUAUAUAUCUUAUAGUUUAAUAGAGUCAUCAAAAAAUUAUGAUGAUUUUUAAGAUACUAUUAAAAUUUUAUUAUCUUAUUAAGAUCAAGAUAUGAAGUAAUUACCUCUAGAUGAAUUAUUAUAUAUUUCAAUUAUGCCAGAAGACUAAAAUUAAAGAAAAAAUAAUUUCUUAUGCUCUGAAUAGGAUGUUAUAGAAAUUAUUUUUAACAAAAAUCUUAAUAUGGAUUAAACUCAUAAUCAUUUUUUAAGUUUGAGAAAGAAUUCUUCUUUUUUUAAAGAUUAAAAUUUGUAAGUACUACAGCAAUUAUUCCAAAGGUAAAGUUUUAAAUUAAUUGCUGAUAUAGAAGCUUAAAUGAAAAUAUUUUUGUUAAACCCUAAAACAUCAAAAUCAUAUGUAAUUAUUACAACUGAAUAAUAUAAACCAGAAUUGAUAAAGAAUAGAUCAAAUUAAUACAUUAUCUCUAAUGAUAGUUGGAAAGAAAUAGAGGAUUAUGUACUUGAUUCAUUGGAGUUAGUAAGUUAAAAAUAUAAAUAGAAUGAGAGUUUAUCUUAAACAUUAGAAAUUUUAACUAAAUAAUUUCUAGAAUGUGGUCAGGUAGUUUAUAAAAAUAAUUUAAAUCCUUUAUCAAUAUUGAAUAAACAUUAAAAAAUGUUUUAUGUAAAAAUGUAAAUUGUUGUAAUUGUACUAAAUGGAAUUAUAAUAAUACUACCUUAAGAUUUGAAAUUAUUUUAGGGAAUAACAAUUUACACAAAAAAAUUAGAAGCUUCAAAUAUGUUAGAUAUUUUAAAUAUUUUGAAGGUGAAUAUAGAGAUACUUUAAUAAGAAAAUAAAUCUGAGAGAUUUAUUUUAGAUUAGUAAUUUUAAUUUAACAAUCAAGAUUGGAAUGCAUAUAUUGUAAAAUUUUAAUCACCUGAAAUUAAUUUUGAGAAUUUAUAGUAAGAAUGA